AUGAAAAUCACAGCCGUGGCAGCCGCGUUCGCACCCGCCCUCGUCCUGGCGUCACCUCGUGCAGCAGGCCUCGCCUCUCCCCCCGACACCGAGGACGCGUUAUCCCCGCGCGAUGCGCACGCCCCCGAACAUAAACUGAUGUCGCGCGAUCCGAACAUUCGAAACUCGUGCAAACCUCUGAUGCUGUCUGAUACAGACCACAUGACCAUUUCCGCUUUAUGCCUCAACGGCCAGAACCAGUAUCAACAUUCGCGUGUCAUUCUUAAUCAUUGCCUCAGAAAUAAUGAGGGUCAACUCGAGAAAUUCAGGAAGUUUUGA